AUGGUGCAGGGGGUCUAUUUAAAGAAACGAGUAACUAAGUCAGUAGAUAGAAGAAGAAUUAGUCUUAAUCAGUAUAAAAAAGGUAAGCGUAAGUGCACAGAGACUGAAAGGGAUAAAAGAAGGAUUAGAGAGAAAAUUGAACAGACUUUAAAAGAUAAGGCUAGUAGUAGCUAA